AUGGCCCCCGCGUUUCGCCCGUGCUCCCGAGCUCGCUGUCGCCAUUGUGGCAUGAACGUGGGAGCGCUUGGCGUGAAGGGCUUCGGCUGGAGCCUCCGCCUACACGAAACCAGGUGCGCGGCAACUUCAGCAGUACCCAGCAUCGAGGCGACUACGACGGGGCCUUCAGCAGCACCCACCGUCGAGGCAACUACGACGGAGCCUAUGAUGGCCGCUGGGCUUUUGCAGGCAGCGCAGCUUUUGGCGUCACAUGUGGACGUGGCAACCGAUGUCACAGUUCUUCGUAGGCCCGGGUCAGGUGAUGAAGGGCCGCUCACUUUGGCGCUGGGCCAAGGUCCCGGUGAGCCUGGCGAAAUAGUCGUGAAAGCACGGCCGGCCAGGUUGCUGCCACGGGCACCCUGCCAGCAAGCAGCCAUGAGUUUGGACAUUUUGUCCAACGAGCUCCCACUGAGCGAGCAUAUGAAUACGGACUCUGUGGUGAAUUUUCACGAAAACUUCCGCGACAUCGCGGUGCGGCACUGCGUGAAACUACAACAGCUUACGCAGCGCCUGGCAGCAAAUUUGACGUCCGGCCGCGGUCCCGCGGUGGUGGUUAAGCUAG